UUCAUACAUAUUGCUCAAAGAAACGGGGAUAGCAGAAACCCAAGGAACUGGCCAUGCGAAUGUUUUGACUUCUUUUUAUUGUAAGCGCUCAGCUAUGAAAUCGGAGUUAGUCCAGCGGUCAUUGCACAAUAAAGUUUAAAAACCCCAAAUCUAACAAAUAAAAUUGGUCUGUGCGAGAAACUCCAAUACCGAAACGAGACCGACGCUGAUCUUGUUGAAACGUUUCCUUAAAACAAAUAAGUGUGCUGAAGUAUGUACAGCAUACGUACCAGAAUUGCAAACCAUUUCAAACAAUUUCUGCCAUCCACACCAAGCUGUGCAAUUGUUGUUCUAUCCACCGCAAACGUGAAAAAGAGAACGGCAGAAACUGCAUUGUUCCGAUGCGCCAAGACCGAGACCCCAUUCACAGAGCUGACCCAACAUCAGAGCGCCAGCAUCCGAUUCAUUAAAAUCGAAGCUGGCGAAACAAAGCAAAACAAGUGCAUCCGACGACCCCGGACGCCUUUUUUUUCGCGUGCUCACAUUUAACCCAAGACCACAAAUCAAUUGUGCGCACGCAACACAGUAACAGCCGUUGGUGUUUUUUUUCUGAGCUGCCCAAUAAUAUACCUUUGCCCCAGCACAAACGAUGACUCUACCUGCUGAUUAAUUCCAUCUUUGAUCGUGCCUGGUUUGUUUGAGCCCCGUUCUCCACUAGAUCCGGUGCCGGGCCACCCUAUCGUCCCGCUCCGGCGUAGCGAUGAGCUUGACGUUUGACGUUUGAAACGUCGGGCCCUUCCUAUCGCUAGCGGACGCAAUACAAUGGGCCCCCAUUUUAAUUUCAGCUCCUCCAGCAUUGCUAAUACCAAUUCAUUGUAUGAUCGAUUGCACCCAUACACACACACACACACACACACACUGAUCAACAACAGAUCGCAGCCAGUGAAACGUGAGAUUAAAUGUUUUCUUCACUUCACCCGCUUUGCUUGGCGAGUUGAUUUGACAUUCAUCCGUGCCCGUCGUCGUCAUCGUAGUCAUCGUCGUCGUCGUCGUCGUACGCAACACGCUGCUGACAGUCUUCUUCUCAUGUCCAUGUACGGAAACUAACAUCUCACAGCACCCCGGAGUCGAUUUUUGGCGGUAGUGCAAACUCAGAAAAUCGGUGCAAAAAUUAUACAACCAACCGGAUGAGUGCGGCCAUAAGUGUUUCGCACGUACCGUACAAAGUAACACAUUUUAAACGAAAACUCCGGGCUGCUAGUGAAACGACCGAAGGGGAAACAGUGAAAUAAUAGCCCAAAUUAUGAGUGCGAGUGAAACCAUGGAAUGAACAAAAGCGAAAGUUUGAGUAGUUUCCAACCGCUAACCCGACGCUAGAAGCAACUAUGCUCGUUUGUGACACAGUGUUUGCACAGUAUAAGUGAUCAUCCGUUUUUGGUCCGUUUUGCUCUAUCAUUCGGUGAUCAUCGCCGCACGUUACGAUGCGUAAUCCUGUGAUCCUGUGACAACGUGACAGCUGACGGGUGAAAUGUGCCGAUUUGCGUAAGCCUCGACAAGUGCGUGAGCAGAGUUGAACAGAGCGCGGAUAGAUAUUUGCCAUUUCAAGUGUGAUCGCUCACUCGAUCAACCGAUCAAGGUGCUGUGGGAGGUGCUGUGUAAAGUGUGAAUGUGCCAUCGCAUCUGGGAGCCGCGGCGCGUCGAAGAAUAACGCUCGUGCUAGUCAAACACGUGCAGGUGCCGCCCGAAUGAAUUAAUAAAACCCUCGCCGACCCGAAACUGCUUCAGCCGUACAGUGGACGCGUGCCGUAAACAAACAUGACUGUUUCGUAUUCAGCGGAGGUGCCGAAUGGAAGCAAUUUUGGCGUAUUUUGGCGCAUCCUAUGGAAAUGGCGUGGUAGUGUGUACAAAGCUGUUUGGCGAGAACUGUUAGCAUAUCUGCUAGUCUACUAUACUCUUAACUUCACCUACCGUUACGGACUCAGCGAAGAUGGUAAAAGAGUCUUCGAAAGAAUCCGUACGUACUUUGGCCAACAGAGGGAAACGGUGCCACUUUCGUUCGUGCUCGGCUUCUACGUUAGCUUGGUGGUGAAACGUUGGUGGGAACAGUACCGGAUGCUGCCAUGGCCCGACACUCUAGCACUGUUUGUAAGCGCCGCCAUUCAGGGUAAUGACGAAACUGGACGACUGAUGCGGCGAAACAUAAUGCGCUACAUGGUGCUGUCGUACGUCAUAACGCUGCAGAAGAUUUCCCUCCGAGUGAAGCGUCGGUUCCCCGGCUGGCAGCAUCUGGUCGAUGCGGGCCUGAUGUUGGAAAGUGAGCGCAAAAUUUUCGAGAUUAUGGACGCCAAAAGCCCCAUGUCCAAGUACUGGAUGCCCCUGGUUUGGGCUACCAACAUCAUCAACCGGGCCCGCAAGGAUCAGCUGAUCCCGUCCGAUCAUAUCGUGCAAACGCUGCUGAUGGAGCUGUCCGAUAUCCGGCGCCGGCUCGGUGGCCUAAUCGGGUACGAUACGGUGUGUGUGCCGCUCGUGUACACGCAGGUGGUGACGCUUGUGCUGUACUCAUACUUUACCGCAGCCAUUAUGGGUAGCCAGAUGAUCCCGACGUACGAUGCGGCGACCGGCACGUACCAGGAGCUGGACGUGUUUUUCCCACUGUUUACCGUGCUCCAGUUUGUGUUCUACGUGGGCUGGCUGAAGGUGGCCGAGGUGCUGAUCAACCCGUUCGGCGAGGACGACGACGACAUCGAGCUGAACUGGCUGAUCGAUCGACACAUCAAGGCGUCGUACAUGAUCGUGGACGAGAUGCAUGACGAGCAUCCGGAGCUGCUGAAGGAUCAAUACUGGGAGGAGGUCGUACCGAAAGACCUGCCGUACACCGUCGCGUCCGAGCACUACCGGCGGGAGGAACCGAAGGGUUCGGCGGAACAUUACAAGGUGAAGGAGGCGGACGCGGUCUACGCCAACAUCGGUGCCGUCGGUGGCAAACGCAUGAUGAACGACGAGAUGUACGCCGACUAUGAAAGUGUGGACACUCCGAUGGCGGAACGACGCAAAGGAUGGCUUGGAAAGGUUAGCCGAAUGGGAUCAGGACGAAGCUCUUCCACCGCCUACUCGUCCGGCGGCCUUUUUGCGCGCAAUCGGCACAACUCCGUGUACUCCAGCCCAGAGGCAGGCCUCGGACAACCGAUCGUCACGGGGGCUCCGGCUCCCAAGGUGAGCCUGUACGAUCGGUUCGUAAAUCGAAAGUCGGGCCGGCAUGCGAGGCAAAUUAUUAAGCAAAAUUCGAAGCUCAGCCUCAACGGAUCAGUCAUAUCGAACGUACCGCAAAAGGCACGCCCACGGAUACCCACACCGGACGUGACGAAAGAAAGCCGUGUCCCACCGCUCGGUACAAUGACGACCAGCACCGCAAACAUUGCGUCCGGUGUUGCACUGAUGGCAACGCAGCUGGCAAACAAUCCCUCCAUUUAUCCGGCAUCCGCGGCCACGCUCAACAACAACGAAGUGCCGGUGGUCGGAACGCUGCUGCUGGCACCGAUCAAAGAGCUCGAUUCAAGCUCAACGACCAACACCCUACACUCUGGCCAGUCCGCUACGGCUUCGCUGGCUAAAUCCAUUCUGCCAACGGCACUGAAGAGCUCCGAGCAAACGUUUACACGUUCUCGUCCCUACUUUGCAGUGUCCCCGUUCGGCAAGGAUGGCACCAACCUGGAGCUCACGCUCACCAACUCGUCGUCCCUCGGUGGACCACCGAAUCCGCUCGGUGCCAACACCGUCAUCGUCCUACCGGCGACCACCACCACCGUGGCCGUAUCCGCCAACGGUAGCGCCACCGUAACGGGAACGAUCCCGAUCACGGCCGGACCGGGACGAUCGCUAGACACCACCGACACUUCCAACGGCAUUCGAAGUUCGUCGCUGGCAGCGGGUGGAAUGCUAGUGCCGAAAACGGACGCACUGCUGCCCAUUUCACUCACCUCCCUGCCGCUGUCCUUCACCGUGACCCCGGUGACGAACACGAGCAGUAACAGCACCUCCACCAGCACCACUACCACCGGCGGCACGAUCAUCACCGAGCUGCCGUGUGACGAUGGCGAGGUCAGCACCAGCGUAACGCUGAGCAAUGAGAAAGGCCAGCGGGCAGCGACCGGCAGCAACGCGGACAGUUCUUCCUCAGCCGCAUCGACGCUUAGCAAGCGUAAGCCAAAGCAUGGCGAGGUUUACGUCUAGGUCUAGGGCGCCACAACCCUUUCGAAGGAGGCAUUGUACGAUAACACAAAGCAUAGUAGCGUGUCAUUGAACCACGCGAGAUGAGACAUGUUCAGCAUAGCAGCGUAGCAUAACCACACGUGAAGAGAUGUGCCAAUUACCCAUUUUCCUAUCUCCCAAUCACUCUUACCGCGAACGACCGACCGAGCUGGACGGGAGGACAACCACAAUUCCACGUAGCGCUGUGCAUAAGUUCUAGUAAUCAUUGAUACAAAGUAUUGUUUGUUUUGUAAGAGAGGAAAAGCGAGAGUAGCGAGUGCAAAGCCGACGACGACCAUGAUAGUAAUCCGUUUUUAUUACUCGUUAAUCGAGACACUUGUGAACCACGAGCACGAGCUCCGGCAUGGAAGCGAACGGCAUGCAAAGUUCACACAAACCUUUUCCGUCCAUGUUUAAUCUAGAGAUCAAUUUGCAUUUCUUGUGAAUUUUAAACGAAACCGUUAUGCGUGCUGGACCAUGAAACACGGUCCAACGGUGGUCAAGCCGAUUUGUUUUUAGCUCAGUUUCAACGCUAGUUAAUGUUUGCCGCGUUUUACUCCAACGUCCUUUUAUCGAACAUUCCUUGCCAAGGCGAAGGGAAUGGGGAAGCUAGUUUCGAUAGUGUGUAGCAUUUUAAAACAAAAAACCGACCGAGUACCAACCGAAAACUCUGAAUGGAUAUUGUGUAGGGAUAAACAAUUUUUAAAUAAACGUGAUCAUGAUAUUUUA